GAUUGAUCGUUAACGAGAUGGUCGUUACGAGGUGGUCGAUAGUGAAGCACCGUGGUCAUGAAAGUAACAAUUAUAAAGCAUGAUCUGUGGCGCGUUUGUUAGCAGCCAAGUGUCGCCAAUGAUCAACUCUGUGACGCUAUCUUAACAAAUGCAAGCCAACACAUUGAUGCGUUCCCCAAUGAUGAACUCUGUGAUUCUGAUGUUCCCUUCGUUUCUCGGAUUUUAUUUAUUUCUAGUUCCAUUGAGUAAGCUUUUUUUUUUUUCCCCCACUCUGUGGGUCAGUACAGCGAUGAGUCUCUUAAAUAACAUUUGGGUAGAUACAUUAAUGUUUCGGUUUGAAAAGGCUAGGACGAAUGAGACAAGAAAAAUGGUAAAAUUCUGGGGUUUAAAUCACAUUUUCUUCUCAAGAUACGUUCUAGGCAGAGCAACGUCUUUGAAAAAAAAAAUCGUACCUGUAUUAAAAAACAUUUUGACCCACAUUAAUGCAGCUUGAAUUGAGUUUAUUUGUCGUUGUUGGACUUCUUCGAAUUGAAAUAUAUCUCAAGCUUCGCAACAUCCUAAAAGGGCUAAAACUAAAAUAUUUGUCUCACGGUAAAUUUUGAUUCUUUAGAUUUGGACUACACGAUAUCAAAGUCUUCUCUAAAUUUCGUGGUUAAAAAAUACAACCCAAAAAAUCACAGUAGCCCAUGAAAUUCUUGAUUCAUUGAAACUCAUAGUGAAGAAGAAAGACAACCUUUGGAACAGUUUUGUAAUUUAAAAAAAAAUUCAAUUGUAUCCCAAUGUUCCCUUUAAGCUGCGCGGCCGCGCAGCAAUCUCACAGACGCUACGCAGCAGUUUUGAGUACCGCGCAGCUAAUUUCCACUAAAGUGUGUGUUUACGUCUGUAGGCUGUAAAAUUUUGCACACAAAAAAUUGAUGCUGUAAAAAUGUGCACACAACUUUAUGAUUUUGCACACAAACCAACAAACCGUAGAGGGAACAUUGUUGUAUCCCCUUUAAAUUUAAAAGGGUCGGUUGAACCAAAAACUUAGUCAAGCAAAUAAGUAAUAUACAAAGUAGGGGAAAACCUAACGACGGACAAUAACAGAAAUUGUAAGUUCCGGCAAAAUAGCCCUUGACAGCAAAAGCAGUUCAAGGCAGAGAUUAACACUCUUAGCUUUAGCACAUGAACAGUGCCGGCAUGAUGGGUCCACUGGGCACUGAUCAAAGGCCUCACGCUUCUAGGGGGCUUUGCGCUUCUGGGAUACUCGCUCUUUUAGAGGAUUCAAGCUUAAUAUAUUGUUAAUGAAUAUAGAAAGAUUUUGGAAAUUUCAUUUAUUUGAAAGUUAGUGGACAGUACGUUUCCCAAUUUUAACCCAAGAUUUAUCGUCAGAUUAUAAAAUUAAUAUUGUAUAAAUGCGAAUCACAAGUUGGAAGUACCUUUAAAUUUAAAGGGGAAUAACUCUCGUCAACUGGUUUUACUUAUCCCAGAUAUGAAUUGAACAAUAAUUAAGUAAGAAUUUGUGUUUAUAAAAAUGUUAGACUAACAAGUUGUCCCGGGCAGUAAUAACUAUAGCUACGCCACUGCUCUGUACCCAGUAGUGAAAUUUGUGGAUAAACGCAGUGCCGUCAUGGGCGCACUUGCCCAGGGUUUCACGCCUCUAGCUGGCCUCAAGCUAGAGUGCACUGCUAGAGAAGAGAUUGAGAUAGAGAUAGACACUUCGGAGUUACUUUGAUAUGAAUAUUAUUAGGCUAUUUUGACGCAAUCACGGCCCAUAGGGUUUUUGAGAUGCUUUUUGUGUGUGCUUCAUGAUAGGGCUCACUAUAAAAUUAUUUUUUCGCGCUGGAAACGUUGUUGAUGACAUCCAUUUUGUUUUCAAUAAUAUUAGUAUGUUGUAAAGAAAAAAAAUGUGAGAAAUCAGCUAAGUCUUAAUUACUCUUAAUUAGUCUUAAUGAUAAAAUCAGUCAGCUUGGAAGGAUAUAUGAAAUAUCUGUCUAUUAAGUCUAUACACUCUUGUAACAUGAUCGCAUGUCAAUCUGGCACUUCCAUGAGAAAACGGUGCCCACUCUCUCAUUCUACGCCACCAAAAACGCAGUGACUCUCACUACUGUCCAUGGCGAUAUUUCCUGUGGAAAUAAAUAUAACUGUUUAAAUAGCACUUUAUACCCCGAACAACUAAAUUUUUUUCCGUAGUUGACACUCAAGUGGUAGAUUACCGUUGUUUGCCCGUUAUUGUCAGUUUUAGUAUAAUAAUAAAUUAUACUUCUGCCAAUUACUAAAAGCUGACAUCUUGCUUCUUCUUUUAAUAAUUUAUUAAAUUUUUUUUCAAGGUUAAAUAGAGGGGGGAACAUGCCUUUAGGGCAGCGUUUCUCAACCUGGGGGAGUUGAACAAACCUUACACAGGUGUCGCCUUAGACCAUUGGAAGACACAUAUUUAUGGGUGAUCUACCACUUGAGCAUCUGCUACAAAAAAUCCAGUUCCGAUUUGAAGUGCUUAAAAGAUGUCCAUGAAGCUUUGCAUGUAUAUAGCUUUUGUCCAUUUUUUUUUUCCCGUGUUCCUCCCCAAUCAAUAUCUUCUCACUUAAUUUUCUAUCAAGAACCAUCUCUGAAGCAAUAUAUAGCCUCCUUCUUAAUAGCUCAAAAAGAAGUAUUGUAGUUUUCUUAAACAAAAAAAACGGACUAACAAAGAAAAGUUGGGUAUAAUCAUAAGUAUAAGUGUAGUAAGUGAUUUUAAAUUCAGAUAACAACCAGCAAGAGAUAAAUGCCUAUUUUAAAGCAUUUUCAAAAUUCCUUAAUAAAAAUAGUUCUUUUAUAAUUUUACUAAAAUAAAAAAUAAAUUUAUAUGUUCAUGUCAGUUGAGCUUGACCUGCUUUAGUUGCUCAUAGGUCCCAACGUUCUGAUACAAGACAAAAUUGAAGAUGAAGUAGUAACUUGUUAUUUAUUUUCAGGAGGAACUGGAUCUCAGAUGCCGGCCUCCAAAUGUGGUCAAGGUCUAUUUCAGUGUUCUUCUGGAACUGUCCAUUGCCUAAAUCAAAGCCAAGUUUGUGACUUUUUGUCUCAGUGCGGCGAUGGAUCUGAUGAAAGGGAAUGUGGUUUGUAUAUUAUUUUUUUAAUCUAAAGGUAUUAUGGUAAAAAGACAAACAUUUAAUUUAUGGUGUCAUUCUUCAAAUUAUUGAUUAUAAUUGAUGUACUCCCUUGGCCUUUGGUAACAUACAUAUUAUGAUAAAAAAAGCAAAAUUUCAUUUUAAUUGCUAUUUUCGACAGCAAAAAAUGAAGGGCCAAGUAUUUUGUGGUUAUUUUUUAGGUUCCUGCAGUUUUGAGGUUGAUGAGUGUGGAUGGAAGGAUGAAAGUGUUGGUAACUUGAUGUGGAGUGUGGUAAAUGUAAACAACAGUGCAGAACCCGUAGAAGAUCACAGCGUGCAAAAACCUGGUCAAGGUAAGAAAAGUUGUCAAACAUACAUUUUUUAUACUUUAAAUUUUAAAAAAUGUAUUUAAUGUAUCUCAUCGAAAUGUUUCUAAAUGCUACUUUUGAAAUGUUACAGUUUGACCCAGUAAGGCCUCCUAGAAAUUUCAACUUAAAUGAUAUUGUGAAAUGUGUGUGGUUUAUGACUUUGGUUUUUUCUAAAUUAAUAAUUUCUCUAUAAUGCCCUAAAAACUAUAAGCUGAAGGAGGGAAAUAUAUUUUUUGUGGCCUUAUUUGCAAGUUGAUAUCUAAAUAUUUAUUAUUCAGAUUGAACCUUUUUUUUUUUUUUUAUUAGCAUUAAACUUAAAGUAAAUAUUAAAAUAAAUAGUUGUAGGUCCUAAUAUUAUAAUUAUAAAUGCAAUGCAAUGUUCACAAUUACAUUUAUAAAGACAUUUACAAACCUCAUGAAGUAAUCUACAUUAAUAAAAAUAACUCACUUCUAUUUUUAUGUUUUUAUGUGUAUGAUAUCAAUUAAAAUCAUUUCAUUAUCAUUAAACUAACAUAUUAUUUAUUUCUUUGCUAUAACAGAAAAUCUCAGAUAAGUCUGUUGAAAUUUAUAUGGAAAUGUUUACACCCAUGUAUACUUUUGGACUUACAUUGUAGACAGAACUACCCAUGUGACUUCAGAGUGUCACUGUAUUCUUACAUUUUUAUAUAUAUACAUAUAUAUAUAUGACAGGACAAUGCUUGUGUGUUGGGCCAGGAUCAGGUGAUAAUGAACUACCUGCCCUGUUUGUAGGCCCAAUUUUGCCUGCCACAGGAGCUGCCUGUUCCAUGAGUGUCUACUUUUACCUAGAAAGCCUGCUGACUAAUGGUAACAUGCUAAUUUCUUUCAAAAGCUUAGCACUAUGCAAAAAUUUGAAAUGAAAAAUUUUUAAAUUACUGUAUUUAUUGGCGUAUAACAGGCCCCCGCGUAUAACACGCACCUCAAAUUUAAGAAGAAAAUUUCAGGAAAAAAAAAAUAAACAUUAUAUAGGCGUAUAACAUGCACACAUGAUUUGCCCCCUAUUUUCACAGAGAAAAGGUGCGUGUUAUACGCCAAUAAAUGCUGCUGGCAUCCGUCCAUCACAAUGUGACAAUGGAGUGGAAAUCCACAUGGCCUGGGAUUAUUCUUCAAGGAUUAUAAGCUGGUUCCCAACAGCAAAUUGCCUCUCUCCACGCCGAUGGAGAACCCAAGGGAACAUCAUUAACAUCAUUGGAUGAUACAGCUUGGCACCAGUGACGUCGCAGGAAUUGUCAGAAUUUUUCAUUGUAUCAAUGUUAUCCGCCUUUCGGGACUCCAUCUCCGGGUUUGAUUUCAGAGUUUCCAUCCAAGAUGAGUUGCCAACCAAGGCAAUGAGGUCCCAUCCACCCGGGGUGCAGGUGGUGUUUUUGCUUGACUGAGCUCUGGCUGGAAUUGAUCUCCAGACCACCAACUUGAGAUUUGCUCAGUUUAGACCACUCGGCCACCCAGCAACGUGACUCCAAUAAAUACGAUAUUUAAUAUCACUAAUAUUGUUUUCAACUAUUUGCCUCAUUAAAUAAAAUGGUGCAUGGGUAAUGAUUUUUAUCAUUAUUUGUUACAAAGGAAAUGUUACUUUUGGAAUAAGAAAUGGAACAGAUGCAUCUAAGAUGGUUAUUACAUCAACUGCCAUGGAGUUAGUGUCCAUUAGACCAGCAAGUCAGUGGAUGCAUUAUUCUUAUCAUAUUGGAGCUCUACCUGCAGGGUUUCAGGUACUAGAAAAAAUAAAGCUGUUAUGUAUGUAUAUGUAAUAUAUACUUGCAUGUGUUUCAUUGUCAUUAUCACAAUUAUAUUUACUAUAAUGUAUAUAUAGAUUAUUUUAAAUCUUUUACCAUACCACUAAUAUUUUUUUUAUAGCUCCAAAUCAAUCCAUUUUUAUUUAUUUAUGCAAAACUGAUAUUCAUUUACCUUAUCUCAGGUUUUAUAAUAAAAAUUUCACUGUGAUUAAUUUAAGGCAUUGUCUCAGAUAAGUCAUUAACAUGUAUGUGUUGUUUAAAUUUAGAUUUUCAUUAGUGCAGAAAAUACUUACUCAGAAAUUAAAGACUCAGCAACUCUAUGCAUUGAUGACAUUAACUUUGAAAACUGCCAGGAUGGGGCACUUUCAAAUAUAUCAAGUAAGAAUCUGUCAAGUGCACUCAAGUGUUGCUAUGUUCCUCAGGGGACUAAAUCUUUAGCCAUAAACUCAUAAAUACUUAUUCUGGUCAUUUAUUUGACCUUUUUAAAAAAAAAAUCUUCCAAUGUAAAUAGCAUUAGCUUUCAUAAGGUUUUUAUUUUAUUUUUACCUACACAUCUGAGGUUCCUCAAUAUGUAACUGAUUCAACAGCUAAAAUCGCAAUUUCAUUUUAAGUCAAGUUUCAUAUGAGAUGACCAUUCGCAAAUACCUUGUUUAUGCACAAGAUUAGUGGAUCUUUUAUUUUAAACAUUUAAAGAAUUUUUAAUGUAAAUAAAAAAAAAAAGAAAACUCUUGAAUAUUGUAAUACUGUCAAAUAACUGAUUUAGGUUUGAGCUGUGACUUUGAGGAUGACUGGUGUGGCUAUUUCAAUGACUACACUCAGGAUAUAGAAUGGAUUAGAGGAAAGAAGGACACCACUGCUGUCCCAGCUGGAUUAGAUCGGGAUCACACCUCAGGGUCUGGAUAUUUCAUUUUGGUUGACUUAAAACACACUCCUAAACAGACAGGUAAUGUGGAUGAGAAAGUUAAUAUUUCUGUUGUAGUCAUGACAGGUUGUAAGUGGGGGAAAAAAAAUCUUGACCCAACUGGGAGUCAGUAAUUUUUUUUUAAUAUGAAGAAAUUAAAAUGGAGAAAUAUUUAUUGAUCCAACUUAAUGAAUUGCAGACAUCUCUGGUGGAUUUGUGAAGGCUUCUGACAAAAGUAUUGGAAGUAAUUUUGUGCACUGAGCAAAACAAAAUUUAGCAUUAGAUUUAAAGUAAUUUUUCAAAAUUUUGGGGAGGAACUUGACAAGACAUCAAAAUGUCGAUGGCUUGUCAAGCUGGUCAUUAAUCAUAUUGUGCUGAAGUUGUUGUUUUUUAAAUUUCUUGACAACUGUGACAAACAUUAGCUAGGGUUAGGUUAUCAUUUAAUUCUUAACAUAUCUCGUUUCAGAGGUAAAAGCAAGACUAGCCACAGGUAUCUUGGAGCCUCAAGUCAUGAAGAGUGGUUGCCUCUCUUUUUUUUACAAUAUUUAUGAAACUAUGAAUUAUUUGAAUGUGUAUCAAGUAGAGAAAAACAAAAAAAAGCUAAUAUUUUCACAGUCCUAUUCAUCCAACUCAUGGCAGUUAGGGUUGGCACCAGUGAAACCAGUUGACGAGUAUCAGGUUGGUUGAGGAAUUCAUAAAGUUAUUACUUAAAUAAAAAAUUUAAAAAAUUUAAAAAAUUAGUAGGACAUCAGAAAAAAAAAUUUUCUAGAUAAAUUUACUCUUACAUUACAUAGACCAAUAGGAUCCAUAACCCAGAGUACACGUACCGUGCUGAUAUUUAAUUAACGUUGUGACCAAUAAUUCUUCCUCAGAUUGUAUUUGAAGCUACUGUAAUGAAAACUUCUUUCAAUGGGCACAUAGCGGUAGAUGAUAUUUCAUUAAUUCCUGCUCCAUGUCUAGUAUCAAGUAAAUACAAUUUUUUUUUUUUAAAAAGCUGCCAAAUUUACAUUUUAAAUAUCAAAGUUUUAAUUCUUAAACUCCCAUAUCAGUAUCUGUGUAUGAAAAUUUCUUAAAUCUUUGCUGUUCUCUCCCAACAACCCUUUUCAAAAAUCCACCUGUCUUUACAUAUCUUGAAAGCUCAUUAAAUAUAUUCCAGACCUUUUUUUUUAAGAGUAAGAUUUAACAAAUUAAUAAAUGUGUGUAUGUUCGCAGCUCUCUGUAGUUUUGAAUAUGGCUUCUGUGGUUAUGAGCAAAGCACAACUGACCAAUUGGACUGGACGUUGACAUCUGGUGAAAAUGCAACAAAGAUGGAAGCUAAUAACAGCUCGUUUAAUCCCGCAGAAGACCACACCAAUUCAAAUCAAUAUGGUAGCUAUGUCUUAAAAACCACAUAUUCUUUAUUAAGGUUAUUUUCCUUACUGGACUGAAUAAAAAGCUUGUAAGGCAGAAUUUAACUAUAAAGUACAAUGUCAGCUCAGUCAUCCUUACAACUUGACUUCCUGUCAAUAUAAAUAAAUUGUCUAGAUAAAGCAAAUAAAAACAUAAACAGAAAUUGUGUAUAAGAAGAGUAAGAGGGCAAUUAAAUUUUACUUUUACACCUUCAGCAGAAGGUUUCUUCUUUUAAAAAAAAGAUAACGGAAUGGGUAUUAAGUUUUAAAUCAAAUCAAGAUUGGUAAGUUUAGAUUAGGGACUGCAUUCAAGCCAUGUUACGUAAAUAAAAAGUGGAACAAAAUAUAUUUGGGCUUGAAAAUAAAAGGCAAGACAACUAAGCAGAUGUUUUGGCUAGAUCCCUUCUUCUGUAGACAAUACAAUACAAUAACAAAGAGAUGAAUUUAAAUGGAAAAAAAAUAAACUUAUGUCUUUGAAUUUCUCAAAUGUAGCUCAAUGUCCACAACAGGAAUCCUUCCUGGAAGCCUAUAAUGAAAACAUGAAUUUAUUACCAGGUCACUAUAUCAAAAUGAGUGUUCUGGGACAUAAAGUUGGUGAAACGGCUGACCUAAUGAGUCCUGAAUAUCCAGGAGUUCCUGGGCCAAUGUGCCUAACAUUUUGGUACUUUAUUGACUCAAAUAAAACUGGCAGUCUCGAGAUCUAUUAUCAGCCUGUUGGUAAUAUUGGUCUUGAUGCCAUCAGAAUAUGGAAAAACAUGGGAACUGGUCGUUUCUGGCAGUAUGCACAGCAAACCUUGCAGACAAAUUCAAAUUUUAGGGUAAGCAAGUAAUAAUGUUGCAUUACUUUCAUGAUGAUUCACAUAUUUAAGAUUUAAAACUAUGAGGGAAAACAUUUUCUUAAGUAAACGCAAAAAAAAAAUCUAAAAAAAAACCAAUAAGCUUAGUGAGCCGAAUCCAAGGAUGAGGAUGUUGAAAGAUGUACUAAAAAUUAAGUAAGUUUUGUAAUAUCUAAUUUUACAAAAUAUAAGAAUUAAUUAUUGUAUUUGAAUUAUAAAAUUUAAUCUCCAGCUAGUUUUUCAAAGCUCUGUUCUAUCUGGAGCCACAACAGAUGUAUGUGUGGAUGACAUACUAGUUCAAUUUGGAGAAUGUCCAAUGGAAGGUUCAUGUCAUUUUGAGAAUGAUGUGUGUGGAUUCAAUUUUUAUGAUCAGUAUACAUGGUUUAGAAACAGGGGGCUGUCUGGAUCUUUUCUGCCACCUGUUGACCAUAGCACUGGAUCCUCCACAGGUAAGAUUUCCUUCUAAAAUCUGCUCAUGCUAGUUUGUUAGUUUUUUAAAUAUAUGCAUAUUUUUUUUUUUAUUUAAUAACUUUGCAUGUCUUAAAAGGAUCUAAAUUGCUUUUUUUUGCUGGGAAGGAAAGAAAUGUUUGAUGGUUAAAUCAAGUACUAAGCCUACUAUAACAGUUGCUUUUAGGAGCUCAGCUGCAGAUAAAAUAAAAAAGAAUGUGUUGGGGCCAAAAAAGCUAGUUUAUUUUUUUUAAGGAUCAUUCUUGGAUAUCCAAAAUUUAUUUUUCAGCUGCAAGCUGUUGAAAAGUUUGGAUACUGCAUUUAUCACAGCCUAGAAUCUGGGAGUAUUUUAAAUUCUUUUGGUCUCAUUUUUAUUUUAACUGACUAUUAUUCUUGGAUCAGGCUACUAUAUCACAUUCGAUUCAACUGGACAUCAACAAGGGAGUAAAGUGUACAUUUUAAGCCCAUGGCUGCCAGCAUCUGAUGAAAUGUGUCUGUCAUUCUGGUACUUCAGCUACGGAUACAAUGGUUAGCAUCCCAUAUUGUUUUGACUAAAAGCUUAUUCAUUUUGAAAUUUUGUAUUAUCUUAUAUACUUUCCUGUGUUGAAUAGAUUGUUACAAUUCGCAAUAGCUUUUUUAAAAUCCCAAUUGUGGAAUAAAGCUGGCAACAGUUUAUUUAUUAUUAAUCUUGACUCCCCAUCACAUGAAAAUGUUAUUCAAAUAUAUACACAUCGCAUAUGUUUGUAAGUUUCAUAAGAAAAAGAUUUUUUUAACACUGAAACCAUUAUAUAAUAAUUGCCCCUAAAAGGGAUCUUUAAAUACACAGAGACUUUAUGAAAGUAAAAUUUUCCAAAAACCAAAAUACAUGCCCAAAUGACUUCCAAUUUUGUCAGUAUAUAAAUUAUUGUUUUUCUUAAUUACCAUAACUAUUGCCAUAGGUCAAAGUUUGGGUCUUAACAUAUUAACUGGAGUGACUGGUGGAUUAAAUGAUACAGAGUCUAUUUAUCAAGUGCAGAGCAUUCAAGGAAGUGAAUGGAGAAAUGUUGUGUUUAACUUUUCUAUGGCACAACCAUUCCAGGUAAAUUUUAUGACACAACCAUUCCAGGUAUAUUUUAUGACACAACCAUUCCAGAUACAUUUUAUGACACAACCAUUCCAGGUAUAUUUUAAAACACAACCAUUCCAGGUAUAUUUUAUGACACAACCAUUCCAGAUACAUUUUAUGACACAACCAUUCCAGGUACAUUUUAUUAUACAAUCAUUCCAGGUACUUUUUAUGACACAACCAUUCCAGGUAAAUUUUAUGACACAACCAUUCCAGGUAAAUUUUAUGACACAACCAUUUCAGGUAAAUUUUAUGACACAACCAUUCCAGGUAUAUUUUAUGACACAACAAUUCCAGGUAGCCUAUAUUUUAAAACAAACCAUUCCAGUUAUAUUUAAGGGCUUCUUUAGAUACAAUUUUAGCAAUUAUAAGCUGUUUUAAAACGCAAGAAAAAUAGAUUUUCAGAGCUUGGAUUCUAGUAAGAAAAUGUUUUAGUUAAAUAUUUAAACAGUUCAGCUUUUGAAAAGAUGUUGCUCUCAAUCAAUAUAAUGGUGUAUUUAUUUCUAAAAAGUUAUGGAAGUUCAUUAAAUAGAACCAGAAGUUUUCAUCCAGCUUUUCCUUACAGUAUAUUAUUGAGUGUGAAGUAAAUGGCUCACAAGGUGGAGGAAUUGCUCUUGAUGACCUUUUGUUGCAUACUGGAAGCUGUAUGGACUGGACAACCCAAACAGUAACAUCGCAGGAGUUCAUUAAAUAUCGUAAGGAAACAUUUUGAUACUUUUUCUUUAGUUGAGUGGUAAACUCGGAUUGAAACAUUAGUUUUACAUUUUUUAAAUAACUUGAGUGGUGAACUCAGAUUUAAACAUUAGUUUUAAAUUUUUUAAAUAAAAAAAUAAUGUGUCAAGAAUUAAAACAAAAUUUUACCAAUUAUUAUUUUGCCAGGCGAUACAUUAAUGGCUUGCAAUUAUAGUUCAUUCUCUGAAUAGAAAGUGCUGCAUAUCACAUUAUGCAAAGGAGAUUUUAACUUUAUAAUUACUCCCAUUUUUUAAAUUGUAAAAUUGGGAGGCAAAGUUGUGAAAAAAAUAUCUAUAAUAUUAAAAUGAUUAAUCAAAGGUUUUCAGCUUACAUGAACCUGAGAAGAAGAGAACUAACUUUUGAUCAGAAUCUUCGAACACAAAAGUUUUUUAAUUUCCAUUUGUGGUUUCUUGUUUUGCCUUGUCUGCUGAAGAGGGCAUCUAGCCAAAAAUAUAUUUGUAACUGUCCUGUCUUUUUACAAGCCUAAGCAUAUCUUUUUCAACUGUUUAUUUACUUAAGUAGAUAACCGUCAGAUAUAAUUGUUACAGCAUGAGUAGAAAUUUUUAUUUUCAGCUCCAACAGAGUUGGAUUGUAGUUUUAAUACUCUUUGCAAUUGGACCCAGGACAGUACAGACAACUUUGAUUGGCUGAUCACGUCAAAAACUUCUUUUUCUUUUACUGGGAGGACUUAUGACCAUACUUUGGAAACAGAGGAAGGUUAGCAUUUAAAAUAUCGUGCUUAUAUUUAUUAUCCAUUCCAAACAUAACUCAUUUUAAAUUGAGGACCAACAUGCUUCAGGAAACUUGCAUACCUCACCUUUAGUUGUACCAUAACAAAUGUAAAAUUAUACUAAAACCUAAUAAGAUAAAUGAAGUUUUAUCACAAAUCAAGGUUAUUUUUUUAAAUAAAUUAUUUACAAACUGCUUAAGCAAUUAUUAUGGAAAUCUGUAGUUGCUGGUUAUUGGGCACAUGCCAAAUUAAGUUUGAACAUUUAAAAAAAAAAUUAAUCUUUUAUAAAAAAGUUGUGCUUUAUGCUUUCAUCUACAAGUAGACUGCUUGUGAUAAUGCUGGUGAAAACAUGCGCAAAAUAGAUUUGAAAAACAGAAUAUCAUAAAUCUUUCAUAAUGUAAAAUUAAAAGUCAUUUGUUUAACAUCGCUAAUAGCUCUUUUUUGUGCUGCAAUGCCCUCUUUUCCUCGCAUUUCAUGGUUUUGAAAUCGUGUAAUACAAUUAAUUGCUUUAAUAAGGUUUGAAACUUGUUCUUGUACUUAAAUAUGUUUUAAAUUUGCAGGUUCAUUUAUCAUGCCAUACCCCGUCAAUUUAACUGAUGGUGACUAUGCUCGACUGCUAAGUCCUCCACUAGAAAACCUUAGUCAAGGAAUAUGUUUGAAAUUCUGGUAUUUAAUGUCAGGCCCAAUUAUUGGAAGCCUAAAUGUUCGACUAUUGAAAGGUAAUUUUUAAACGUCAUGUUACUUAUGCUAUAAUAAAUAUAUCUAUUUAAUUUUUAGUAAGAGUGAAGAUAACGUCAUGAAGAGACCAUCAUCAAAAAGAGAUUUAACUGCUCAAAAGUCAUUAUAUAUACAGAAGAAUUUUAAAAUUGGUCUGCUUGUUAAUUCAUCAGAUAAUGAUGACAAGACGAUUCUCUGGGAGCGUCAGGGGGAACAAGGAGAAGAUUGGUUCUUCGCACAGGUGUAUGCCUCACCUGCCGACUUGACUCUUAGUCAUCCCAAAGUGGUCAAGGUUAGUGAACUGAAGUGAGUGUCCCUAGAUUUGAGCACAUAGAAGGCAAGCAUUUUCAUUUUUGUAUAAUUAAUACAGUUUUUACAUAAUAACCCACCCUCCCUGUUUAAAUAUUUGCAGAAAUCAGCCAAAAGGCAAAGCUUAAAAGGUUUAUGGUAGGGGAGUAUUGGGAAGGGUGAAGCAUAACAGCGUCAGGGUUUCAUUUCCCCCAUCAAACACCACCCCCCCCCAACAACUCCCAACUCUGGUAGAAAUUGACCGAAUAUUCAGAAAGAAGAAUUAUUUUUUCAUUUUUGUUUAAAUCCAUCAUUGCUUUAUCUUUGCUUACUAAACAAGAUCUUGUGCCUGGUACCUAGAAUUAAACAAACCUUCUGCGAAAACAGAAUUUAAAAUUGAAUAUUUUUCUCUAACAAUGCUAAUAAUAUUAUGAAAUUUUAAGAAAUUGGUUCAUGAAGUAAAUAUUCUUUUUUAUUAUCCUUGUCAUCAUAAUGAAAUGUAUACUUUUCAGUUCAUCAUUGAGAAUAGGAUGGUAGGGGAGCUGCAGGAAGACAUUCGUAUCGAUGAUGUAACAUCCAAUGUGGGUCCAUGCACCGAGGAUAUUAGUAAGUCAGAGUUUUAUACACUGAUGGCUUUUAUAGAUAAACAUUUCUUUUAAGAGCCAAAUUUACAAUUCAAGAAUCUGAAUUAAAAAAUGCCAUUUGGUUCCUUUUAUAAUUGUAUAAUAAGUCAUUAUUUGUAGUUGAACUGAAGUCAAGGUUUCAGCCUAUCCAGCUUUAAUAUUUACAUGUUUUGUUGGUUUUUUUAAAAUUCACUUUUGUCAUUUUAGAUUUCAGUCUCAGCUCAUAACCAUAGAAAUAUUCAGAACAAUUGUUGAAGCUUAAAUAACAGAAUAAGGAAAUUAAAUAUCCUUUUUUUUAAUAUCUUCCUCUGAAAUAGUACAAAACACAAUAAAAUUUAUUUUUUGGAUUUAAAAUUUUGAUUUAUAUUUUAUAAUGACAGCAGAUAUUACUUCUAAAUAUUGUUUAAAACAUUUAAUGUGAAAACAUUCUUGAUAUUCUCUGACAGGAAAUUGUGACUUUGAAAAUCCUGACUUGUGUGGAUUUACACAAGAUACAUUCGAUAAUGGAGACUGGAUUCUGAAUAGUGGAACAAACUUAUCAUCUGUUUCAGCUCCCUUGUCAGAUCACACUUACGGCACAUAUCUAGGUAUGUAAAAUUUUAAGUACUUUACUAAUAAAUUUGAACCAAAACUCAGCAUAUUAAAUAGUCUGAAUGAUUUAAAAUAGGAGUUUUAAAUAUAUAUAUUUUAUUUGUCUGCAAAGAAUAUUACUAAUUAAAGUUUAGUUUUAGUUUUUAUAUCUCAUUUACACAUAUUUAAACAAGAAAAUUGUAAUUGUGGCUAUCUGAAUUUUGAAAUGAAUAUUUUGAUCUUUGUAAUGAAUUAAAAUAAUAACCAUUCAAAAACAAGAAAGAAAUUAGUUGAAGCUAGCUUGUAUGAAUGCUGGUUAAUUAAUUUUUAUUUUAUACUUAACUGUAGAAUAUUUUGUGGCAUCUCUAAUCAUUCCAAUUUUGUCCAUGAAGCCAAAAAAGACAUCCCUGCUUUUAUGUCACUGGCUACAUUAACACCUGGUCUAAAACUUUGCUCUCCAGUAACAUGACAAAAUGAAGAUUGUUGUAAUUUUUUUUUCAGGACUGUAGAAAAAUUUGCUAUAGUCUGAUUUAUUAGUCCAUCCAGACACAACACUUGGUGUGACAAUAUUGGAGUUAUUUCGAAAUAUUUUGUCAGCAUAUCCAUGAUUUGAACAUUUGCAUUUAAGAUAAGCAGCAAAAUAAUAUCAUAAAUAUUGCACUAAGCUUUAAAAGGUAUUCUUGCAGGCCACUAUUUGUAUAUAGAAGGAUCUCAAAGCUUUUCAAAGAGCAAGGCUGGUAUCAUGUCUCCAAUGAUGGGACCAGCUAAAGCAAAAUGUCUGCAGUUCUAUUUCCAUAUGCAUGGAGAAGACACUGGAGCCCUGACUGUCAAGAUUUUAAAUCAGGAAGGUGACAUCACAGAAAUCUGGCUACAUGAAGGACCUGCUGGGGAUGGGUGGAAAGGUUCUCAAGCUGAUGUAAUCUCAGACGUUAAAUUCCAGGUAAGCAGUGUUUUUAUAUCUAUAAAUAAGCAUUAUCAAAGAUGUUUUACACCCAGGAAUCUGUAUUUACCUAGUUGAGAAACAAUGUAGAAUAUACAAAAAAAUUUAGACUCAAAGUUAUUUUAUAACAUUAGACUCUUUGUUAAAAUAUAACUAAAAACAUUUUGAAAGAUUAGAUUUUGCCUGUAACCACCUCAAUUUUUUAGCCUUUUGUCUGCUAUAAUUAACAUAUAUAACACAGUGUCAUAUUAUCUUAUUUCUAGUGUCAUAUUGUUAAUUUUCAUAUUUUCAUUUUGUUAAUAAUAGAAUAACAUUUAAUUUGAAUAAUUGCUAAAUAAGGAUUUGUUAUCUGUUUAAUAGAAAAUGAAAACCUGAUUUGUGGAAAAUGCCCAAGCUGUCCUUCUCAACUUGUUAAAUACCAUGCGCCGCUGGCAGCGGCUGGGCGUUUCUUUUGUUAUGGCCACGAGCCGAUGGUAGCGCCAACGUUUGUAUCGUAGUCAACGUGACUUAGAUUUAAUUCGGCCACAGCCGGUUUUUCACUCUGGUAGCUAAUCAGUUAAGUCAGAGUCUGCAUGAAAAUGUCUUCUCCCACAAUCACAUCUUGAAAAUAAUGUUCUUAAACACCUGCACUGUAAAUUCUUAUAUUCUUCAUAUUCUUUUUUUCAUUGCAGAUACUUUUUGAAGGCAUUUUACCAGAAAACAGUGCAGGUAUUAUUGCCAUUGAUGAUAUUCAUUUAUUGGACAGUGCAUGUGGGGAGCCUGCCACUUGUGACUUUGAGGAAGGUAUGUGCCUUUAUCAGAAUGUGAAAAAUGGAGAUGAAUUCGACUGGUUGAGAAACAGGGGGACCAUCCUUUCACAGGGCUCUGGACCACCUAGGGAUCAUACAACUAACACCACAAAAGGUGAGGUUGAUCUGAAAAAUUUUCUUCGGGCAGGGUUCAAAGAUUUGUAUCCCAAGAUAUUUAUAGCUGAGCAAUUUGUUUUGUUGAGGAUCAGAGAGGUGAUGUUUUUGAGAUGGCAUAAAAAAAAAGUUAAGAAAAACAUCUAUGAAAUUUAAAACCCUUAUACAAAAAACCCCCAGAUAUGUAGGUAAGGAAGCAUUAUUUGCUUUACAUGUUUAAACUGAUGUUGAGUUUUGCCUUCUCAAUGAAAUGAGUUGAUUCUUGGAUAGUAAAUGUGUCUUAGUCUUAUUUUACUCUUAAACUAAGUUGGAAAUUUGGGCAACAAUUCAAUUUUCAAAAUUCCCAUCUGCCACCUUUUUACAGCCUACAGAAGACCGCUGCCCAUAUUUCAUGAAAACCUUUGUAAAAUCUCCCUCCAAGUCCUCAGGAGGCCUUUCUUGCUUCCUCUGUACCCAGCCCCGCAAAAUGCAUUCUAACAGUUACUGUCAUCUCUGGCUUUGUGUUCCACUCCUUAAAAGCUUCUUUAUUCUAUAAGGGAUCAGGGAGAUAAGUUAUGUUGUAACUAUUUGUUUUGCUUGCAGUUAAACUGAUCUAGUUUUUAUACUUAUAAAGUUUUGAUUAACAUUAAAUUAAUUUCAUCUUUGUUUGUUAGUCUUUUAAAUGAGCAAAAUUGUUUUCUUUUGUGAACCAUUUCAUUUAUCUUGGUUUACAUUGGUCUCACAGGCUACUACAUCUAUACAUAUGGUUCACCAAGUCGCGUUGGCCAGACAGCACGACUGAUAUCUGGAAUACUACCAGAAACUGAUGGCAGCUGUCUAAGCUUUGCUUACAACCAGAGAGGACUGAGUGACAUGAUACUGGUGCAAGACUUUGUCAACUCAGGGAACAUGAUUUAUCCCUUCUUUUUUCAGGAAGACACAGGUAAGUGGUUUGAACUCAUUUCCCUUCAUGGACUUUAAAGCAAAGCCUGAUGUCUUUGAUAAAAGUAAAAUGUUUGAAAUAUGUCUUAAGUCAUUAUCAAAUUAAUUACAAAAUAAUUUUAUCCUUAGUUCUAUUCAUUGGUUUUUUUUUUUCCCCAGUCUAUUGUAUAAAAAUCUGUGUAGUUUAUUUAUGUUUUAAACAUUUCGGGUGGCCGUUUGGUCUAAAUGAAGCCAAUCUCAAGUUCAUGGUCAGGAGUUCAAUCCCCACCAAAGCCCAGUCACGCAAAAACAUCACCAGCACCCCAGAUGGCAGCUAAGAAAAAGGAACUCUGAAUUCAGACAAGGCGAUGGAGUCCUGUAGGCCGAUACAAUUGGCUCAAUGAAACAUUCCGACAACUCCUGCGACGCCACUGGUGUCAAACUGUAUCAUCCACAUGAUGUCCCUUGGGGUAUCCAGCGGCGUGGAGAGAGGCGAUUUGCUGUUGGGAACCAGCUUAUAAUCCUAAAGAAAGAAAAAUCCCACUCCUUGUGGAUUUCGUCCUGCGAAGUCUACACCAUCGUCACAUUGUGACGGACGGAUGCCAGUAAAAAAAAUAAAUAAAAUAAAAUAAAAAAAAUAACAUUUGAACAACCUCAAGGUUCCCAGUGAAGUGAAUAGUUGAACAAACUUGUCAUUGUUCAUUUAUUAUUUAUGUCACCAGUGUAUUUACUAGCUAGCCAUAUGUUGUUUUUGAAUUUAGCUGGUGCUCUUUUUGUUGGAAAUGGACAAAAUGCUGAAUGCUAAUUGGGCAUUGUUUUGCACACCACAUAAUUUAUUGUGUAGUGACGUCAUGUUUUUAUGCUGUCUUGUCGUGUGCUCCAUGUUGGUAGAACUCCAUGUUGUUCUCCUACAAUAAAACUAACCUUGAUGGUUGCCUCUGCUUGUUUGAUUAUCUUCCUUGUGAAGUAGCUUAGCAACUUAAUAUUUUCAACACUUAUCUUAUUGUGAAGUUUGUAAUCUUCAUGUUUACAUGUAAACCUGAGCAACAGCCCCAAACAGCCAAGAUAUUAUAUUGAUGGUGUUUUGACAGUGAGUUAUUGUUCAAACAUUGGAGGUACGCAGUCGUCUGAUAGUUUCAUAAUUAUAAAUGUAACUUCACAAGGUGGCCAGUGGGAGCAAAAAUUUUACAACAUAACAGCUGAUGGCGAGUUUUCCCUCAUCUUUGAAAGUCAGAUAGGACCAGAUGGCUACACAUCCUUAGAUGACAUCAGCUACACAGAAGGUUUCUGUACUGAUGCUGAGGAAGCUGAGGAGUUCACUUGUCCUGAAGAUGGUCUGGUAAUUCCAUUAGAGAAGGUAACAUUACUUUAUAUGAUCUGUAAAAUAAAAAGAGAAGAAUUUCAAUCAGAAUUAUUAGGUCAAAGGUUACAAACUUCUAAGGAUUUGAAUUUAAUGCAAUUUAUGCAUGGAACAUUGGUAUGCAUUACAUGAGCCUGAAUUAUAUUUGGGGAUGUGUUUAAUAUGUUAUACCAGCUAUUUUUCAAAUACUCAAGAGACUAAACUUCAAGUAAAUUUUAAAUGAUUUUUUUUUCCUCAAACUAGAGUAAUCAUUAACUUCAAAUGUAAACAAAUUGGAUUAACUCAUUUGUAGACCAUUUUACCCCUAUGCUUUGGCUGUAGUAACUAUGUUUUUAAGCCUAAGACUACGGCACUAUGACGAGCCUAACAAAACUACGGUUUCUGGAGUUUUUUCACAUGUUUCGCUUAAUUAACAUUUAAACAAAAACAAUUGGCCUACUUUCAUUGUUUUGUGUUAACACCGUGAGCAAUCCAAUAAGAAUAACUGUGAUAGGCCUUUGCGGUCUCGAUGGCAAUAAACCAUCCAAAAUAUUAUCUUUUAGAGAAUUUUGUUAUUCCUACUUAACUGCCAAUGUGCUUGCCUAAUACCUUUUCUCCUCAAGAAACAAAUCGCCGGUCUAUAUCCUCUAUAUUUAUUUGUGUUAACAUACAUAAGCAGUUGAGUGGAUUUCCUUACUUGUAUUUUGAUUGCGAACCAGCCCCCCCCCCCCCUUUUUUUUUUUUUUCUACCCCCCCCCCCCCCCCCUUUUUUUUUUUUAAAUUGACCAAGCUACUCUUUGGAGGUUGAAACUAUGCUUUUCUUUUGAAAACUGAAAACUAUGCUGACACUAGCUCAGGUUAAACAGGUGUACAUUGUAGUGUGCUAACUAUAAGAUCUCAUUCUAAUGGCUGUGUACAAGAAAUACACAUUUCACUAUAAAAAUGGUUUAUAUUUCUUUAAUAAAUGUAUUUUAAUAGUAUUAAAGUGUUUAUCCUUGUCUCAAAGAGGUGCAAUUUCAUCAGAGACUGUAGCAAUGGAACAGAUGAGCUCAACUGUGGCAACUGCAACUUUGAAGCUGGCCUCUGCGGCUACAUGGACACCAGCAGGGGCGGAUUUCACUGGGUCAGGGCCAGCAACAGUACAAUGUCUAAAUCUGCUCUUACUCAGAGCCUGGGAUAUGACCACACACUGUGUUAGUGUCUCCACAUUUUUGGAUUUUAUCAGACCAUUAAUUCUGUUGUAACAUUAUUCUUUUAAUAUAAUAAACGUUCGAGGUCAGACAUGAGCUAAUGCAAGCUGAAUCCAUUGUGUCAAUGAUACAAAUUUUUAAUAAUACUAAUUGUCAUUGUUUUGUGAAAAUUUUAGUUACAUUGUAAUAUUAUGAGACACUUGAUGGUAAAAAAUAAUUUUCUGUCUCCCACACACCAAUCUGGGAAGAGCUCAGUCAGUUAAAAAUAGAUUAUGCUUAAUGCUAUUAUUAUUAUUAUGAUGAUUUAACCUCUGUUAUUGACUGCUAAAACAAAGUAUGUAUUAUGACUUCUCAAAUAUUUGUACAACUUAAUGUUCAGACAGUCCACAAGGGUACAUGCUGUAUGUAGAUCAUAGCCAGGGACGUGCUGGUAGCCAGGCAGUUCUCCAAUCACCACUGCUUCAUGGCUCUUAUCAGGCUUGCACUCUCCAGUUCUACUACAAGUUCUCAAGCUAUCGGUCAGGGGACAUCAGUGUUGCCUUACAGGUAUGAUAGUUCAUGGAAAUUGUCGAAACAUUUUGUUUUUGCUUAUUUCUUUAAAUCUUGAUUUUUAUUUAAGUCCUUGUUAGGUGCUGUUUAGUUAAUGAGCCACUGUUAGGUGCCGUUUAGUUAAUGGGCCAUUGUUAGGUGCCGUUUAGUUAAUGGGCUAUUGUUAACAAACUAAAUUGUUAAAUCCUUUUUUAGUAUUUAGAAGCAACUAUUGUAAUUUGUAAUUGUACACUAUGAUAUUUUCACUUAAAAGCUGAGAUUUUUUUAGCUUUGUUAACCCAAUUAGGGGGUACUGUUACUUAUAUUGAAUACGUUGAACCAAUGUGAGUCUGUGAGUUCAAAUGUAAAAAAAAAACCAGUCAACUGAACAUUGAUGUAAUUUUUUUAUCAGUUUGAGCAGACCAGUGCUUACGCCACGAGCUUCCACCAAAAUAAAGUGUACAACAUAGAUUCUUGGCAUCUGGCUCAAGUGGACAUUGGCUACGUUGAUGAGGGUUUCCAUUUGUUGAUCAUGGCCAGUAAAUCAUUUACGUAAGAAUUUCAAAACUAUGUGUCAAAAAAAGGGUCACUUUGAAUGACUUGCAAGAAAUUAUCAUAGCUGAAACCUUAAUUGUUUGUUAUUGAACUAUAAAUGUUUUACACCAAAUAUGCCAUUGUGUGUCUUUGUUUUAGUCUCUAAAUUUGUUUUUUUAUAUCAUAGACUGAAGCUGAAAAGGAAGGUUCUCAUUACAUUACCAUGACAGACACACAUUGAAAACUUGAAUUUCUCAACUUUCUACCAAUUUGAAGAGCCAAAUUUUUUAUCAUGAAUGUCAUUGAAAAUAUUCAUUAGAAGAAAAGAAUAGGCUUUAAAACAACUGUGUAUGUUGGUGGGAAUUUGUAAACAUCAGUAUUAACAAUUAUGGCAAUGAAAUAGCUUUUAUGUCAUCCUUUUCCCACUGUGAGCUCCAGGAGGCUUAACUGCAGAUUAUUUGUGAAUACCAAUCAUGACAGGAUAAUAACAGCUCUUUGCUUGUGUCUUUUACUCCUUCAGAGCUCAAGGAACUGUGGCUAUAGAUGAUGUACGUCUUAUCAACUGUGAACCCCCAAAAGGAUCAUCUAUGGACUGUGAUGACAAUAUGUUCAGAUGUUCCAGCGGCUUCUGUGUCAAUAAUAAAGUUGUUUGUGAUCUUUCUGAUGACUGUGGGGAUGAUAGUGAUGAAAUGAAUUGUUCAUAUGUAAGGAAUUCUAAAUUUUCAUGAUCUCAUACUAUACCAAAUUUUGAACUAUACAGUGUAUUAUAAAAUGUUUAAGAAACAGAUUUUCUGAAAAUGGACAAAUAGAGCAAACUUUUAUACAAAUAAAGCAAACAAUGAGGUCACUUUAGGGGGCUGUCAUUCCUUGUCUUAUUGUUUAUGACCUCCUGCAAAAGUUAUUUCCUUUCAGUGUUGCCUUAUUCAAUAUAAUCCAUAACAAUAAUAUUAACAUGAUCUUUAGCCUUUGAUUUACCAUGUUCUUUGAAAUGCAUUUCUGGUUAAGAUGCACAUAAGAUUACAAUUAAAAAUAAAUGUUUCUGGAAUAUUCUGAAAAUAAAUUUGGUGUCUAUGAAAAUGUUUAAUUUAAUGCUUCAAAUUUUAACUAAAUGUAAUAAAAUUGUAAGCGAACAUUGUUUUUUUUUGUUUAUCUCUAUCACCAGUUGCUUUGGUUACAAUUCUUGACUAUUUUAUCCACAGGCUAGUUCUUGUGAUUUUGAAAUGUCAAUGUGUGUCUGGGAACAGGAUCAACAUGCACAAGUCACUUGGAAAUUGGGCUCAGGAAUGACCAAUGAUUUACCAUUGGCCAGAGAUCACACGACGGGGAUGUCAGGCGGUCAUUUUCUAUUCCUUGACAACACAGUUGAUGGCCCCAGCAGCAGAGCAAGGAUGACCAGUAGCACAAUCCAGGCCAUCAGCUCUGGCCCCUCCUGCCAGCUGACAUUGUACUACAACAUGUUUAACCUGGACUACGGCACAUCUCUUAACGUUUAUCUGCGUACAACCAGUGGUGGCUAUGAAAGUUUACUUUUUACCAGACAGAAUUCAGAGACGGACGCCUGGGAGAGGUCUGUCAUUCCUCUGGUCUCUUUUAAGGAUUUCCAGGUUGUUAUUGAAGGGGUCCAAGGCAUGAAAUUCAAUCAUGAUGCUGUUGUAGCCAUUGAUGACGUGGUGUUAAGUCAUGGAUGCAAGUUCACAACAUCCACCCUGCCCACCCCUGGUUAUACAAUGACCACUCAACGUGUGACUCCAAAUUCAUGCCUCGGUGACCACCAGUGCCCAGAUGGACAAUGUAUACCUAGGGAUUUUAUUUGUGAUAUGCAAACGGACUGUUCAGAUGGUUCUGACGAGGCAAGCUGUGGGCCAUGUGAGUUUGAGGCUGGGAUGUGUGGAUACUACAGCACCAGCACUGGAUCACUAGACUGGAGCAUCAGCUCCCCGGACCUGAUGGGGAAAGUUGGACCUGCGGGGGACAACACAUUUAAAACCAGCAGUGGCCAUUACUUAUAUGUCCACCCAGUCCUGGGAUUGAGUCGCUCACCUGCCUGGUUAAGCAGUGGCCCCUUGCCUAGCAUCAGCAGCUCUUGUACAGUGACCCUUGCUCAACACAUUAGCCCAGCCAUCAGCGGGAACCUCAUGUUGUGUGCGUUUAACCAGGAAACGUCAACAGAACUGAUGCUGAAAAGCACUGAAGACACUACUUCCCCAGACUGGCAAAGCUCCACAUAUGACUUCAGCAACAUCACCGUGGACAAGGGCUGGCAGUUGAUGAUUGGCUUUCAAACUGACCAGGACGUUGCAUACCAAAACAUAGCCGCUAUUGACAGCAUCCGGUUCAAAUCCUGCUCCAAGAGAGAAGAGGUC